AUGAAGCUAUUCUCAUUACAGAUACUUUAUAAAACUGACACAUCAGCUAAAUUAUUACAAGCUUCACAUGAACUAUCGGACUUCGGUUAUUUUCAGCGAUCCAGUGUUCGAGAAUUUAUGGACUUUACUGCUAAAGUGGUCUGUGAACGAACAGCUCGUUGCCAGCGUGUACAAAUUAAACAACAAGAUUAUAUUUGUCAUGUUUAUGUUCGUCAUGAUAAUCUAUGUGGUGUACUAAUUUGUGACCAAGAAUAUCCUCCAAGGGUUGCUCAGACGUUAUUAACCAAAGCCACUGAAGAUUUCGCACUCCAAUGUCCUGCAUCCACUUGGGCAAAUAUGACUGUCGGAUCUGAUCCAUGUAAAAAGAUCCAUGAAUAUUUACAGAAAUAUCAGAAUCCUACCGAAGCAGAUGGUUUAAUGCGACUUCAGAAUGAAUUAGAUGAAACUAAAGUUAUUUUACAUAGUACAUUAGAAUCACUAUUGUCUAGAGGUGAAAAACUUGAUGAUUUAGUUGAACGGUCCGAAGGUCUUAGUUUACAAUCAAAAAUGUUUUAUACUACAGCAAAGAAAACAAACAAAUGCUGUGUUAUACUGUAA